AUGUCCAAAAACAGUCUGUUGAAAGACCUCGAUGCCCAGACCGUGGUAAAAUUUCUAGAGAACGAGAAAGCCCUACCCAAGCCGAUGUCCGGUGUAGAAAAAGCAAAAUCGUGGGUGGGAUCGUCGGACUUUAACAUGCCAGCCUGUUUGUCGGCAUCUAUGAGCUCAGCGACCGAUAGUCGAGUGUUCACCCCCCUUGAGACAAUGAUAAUAGAAGCUGUUGUGGAUACCCUACCAUACAAAGCCAGUGGGAGGCAAUGCCUUCAAGCGAUUGAAAAGGACAAAAAUUGUCGGGAACAGCGCAUAAGUGAACGAUUUACAGAACAACAACUGAAAAACAAA